AUGUCGGCGAAUAAGCGUCGUACUGCCCCAGUAGCAGUUAACGAACCCAAGGCAACACAUGGCAACUUGUCAUCACAUGGUCCUAUCAAUGGAGUCAAGAUUGACUGUCAACCUGUCAAGAAAAAACGGGCUUUGUGUUCUGGGGACCAAGCUUCGCGGGAAGUCACUGUAAGGGGCGAAAAUGACCCACACAAAGUACUCAAAGUGUCUGCAAGUGAUGGAAAAACGGGGGAUGAAUUUGAAUUGGCAUACACCAUCACAAAAUUGAUUGGAAACGGCUCUUUUGGUGUGGUGUUUCAGGCGAAGCUAAUUAAUAGCAAUGAAGAUUCCGCAAUCAAAAAAGUGUUACAGGAUAAGCGAUUUAAGAAUCGUGAACUUCAGAUUAUGAGAUUGGUUUCACACCCCAAUAUUGUUGAGCUGAAAGCGUUCUUCUAUUCGAAUGGGGAUAAAAAGGAUGAAGUUUUCCUUAAUCUUGUACUCGAAUAUGUGCCAGAAACAGUUUAUCGUACUUCUCGUCUAUACACAAAAAGCAAACAAACGAUGCCAAUGCUUCAAAUUAAACUUUACAUGUACCAACUAUUCCGAUCCCUUGCCUAUAUUCAUUCACUGGGUAUCUGCCAUCGUGAUAUAAAGCCACAGAACCUGCUACUAAACCCGCUUACCGGCGUGCUGAAAUUAUGUGAUUUUGGAAGUGCUAAAAUUUUACAGGCAGGAGAGCCGAAUGUUUCGUACAUCUGUUCGAGAUAUUACCGGGCGCCCGAGUUGAUCUUUGGUGCUACAAAUUACACUACAAAUAUUGAUGUUUGGUCGACAGGUUGUGUUAUGGCAGAAUUGAUGCUUGGUCAGCCUUUGUUCCCUGGUGAAAGUGGCAUCGAUCAAUUAGUAGAGAUAAUUAAAGUUUUGGGCACUCCUACAAAAGAACAAAUUAAGACAAUGAAUCCAAAUUAUAUGGAACAUAAAUUCCCUCAAAUCAAACCGCAUCCUUUCUCAAAGGUAUUUCGCGCUCGAACACCCACGGACGCAAUCGAUCUUAUAUCACGCCUCCUUGAAUAUACCCCAUCUCACCGAUUAACAGCAAUCGAAGCAAUGGUUCAUCCCUUUUUUGAUGAACUUCGUAAUCCGGAAACAAGGCUUCCGAAUGGAAAAGAAUUGCCGAAAUUGUUUGAUUUUACAGUUCGAGAAUUGUCAAUUCGUCCUGAUCUCAUUGCGCGGCUUGUGCCUCAACAUGCAGAAGAAGAAUUGCUGUCUAGAGGAAUCGAUAUUCACAAUUUUACACCUUUACCUCAGAGUAAAAUGCGCGCGACAUUGGAUUAA